AUAACAUGUAACCCAAACAAGAACGAUCUAUCAUUUCUAUAGCUUGGUACAUAUGUACCUACCAUUUUAGGCAGAUACCCAGACAGUUGUCAUUAAUGGGGGAGGGACAAACAUAUUCUUCCCCUAGCCUUAAAUAUUCGUGAACUCUUCGUCUUUAUCAAUCACAUCGUCGUCCAGGAGUGAAGGCAAAUACAGUGCUCAUCCAAUACUCGGAAAAGAAGACACUUGGCCUUCUCUGGUUCAAUUCAAAAACUCCAUUUCAACUUCAACAUCAUGUCUCAGCCUAUUCGAAUCGCCAUAUCAGGUGGCGGACUGGCAGGUGCAUCCUUGAUACAAGCCCUCCUCAAAUUUCCUCAUCUAGACGUCCACAUCUUUGAAUCAGCCACAGCAUUCAAAGAAUCUGGAAUGGCAAUUGGGAUAGCUCGCAAUGCCCUUGCUGCGCUUGAUUUAAUCGGCCCCUCGGCAACUCAGUGCCUUGAACGUGCUGGUGCGGUACCUAUGCGAGGAGUCCGUUUCAUGCUAGCUCAGGGUGAAGGUCGAGGCAACUUGAUUGAUGAGGCAGAUGAUAAAGCCCAGGGAAAACGCAUCACCAGCAUUGUUCAUCGCGCCAACUUCUUACAGGAGCUGUUGGCCGAUGUGCCUGAAGAACGGAUGCAUGCCUCUAAGAAGCUUGACAAGACAGAGCGAACCAAAGACGGCUCUAUUAUAAUCCAUUUCACUGAUGGGUCAACUCACGAGUGCGAUAUUCUUGUCGGCGCCGACGGCAUUCACAGUACUGUCCGCAAACUCAUCCUUGGCAAAAAUGACCCGGCUGCUUCACCAAGAAAUACUGGCACCUGGAUCGUUAUGACGCUUCAACCAUAUGCCAGGGCACUAACUAGUCUUGGCGAAGGAAGUGUAGACCUCGCAGACGCUCGCGAAUAUUCGUGGAUAGGGGACGGCUCCUUCAUACUGCACAAUCUGCUGAGCGACGGUCAGUUAGUGCAGUUUGUCAUUGCAUCACACGACAAGGAAGCGGAGUCAUCAGAUAAAUGGAACCGAGUCGUAAAGGUCGAGGAGAUCAAGAAACUCUACAAGGACUGGCCACCGCACCUAAACAAAGCCGUAAAUGAGUUGCUUUGCGACCAACCUGAACAGCAUGGCAUAUAUCUAUGGGAACACCCACCAGCUUCGACCUACGUAUCUGGUCCCAUCUGUGUCAUUGGCGACGCUGCCCAUGCUACAACGCCUUGGCAAGGAUCAGGCGGCGGCAUGUCCAUUGAAGACAGCCUUAUCCUUUCUAGCUUACUCGGUCGUGUUAAAACAUCUACCGAGGCGCAGAAAGCUUUGAAGGUAUACGACCAAGUCCGACGUCCACGCACACAACGAAUCGUAGUUUCUAGCCGUGGGACCGGUGUCAUUAUGAGGGGCAGGGGUGAGGAGACAGGCCUGGAUAUAGGGAAACUUCGAGAAAAACUAUUGCCUAGAUGGGACUUCAUCAUUGAUUUCGACAAUGAGAAGCACCUCAACGAAGCAAUUGAAAUUCUGAAGGUAGAGUUGAAGGGUGAGGAAAUGACCUGAAUGCAAUGAGCUCGUUCAAAUAGUAGUGUUCUUGACCUUGGAAGGCCUAUGUAGACGCCUAGGUAGGUACGUUACAUGGAAAUCAUUUAACCCAGCCUACCCCCUCGAUUUUCCCUUAAUGAUAGCUUUCUCGCGACUAGAAACCUUUCCUGAUAGAGAAAUUGUCAUUUAACUCCGUAUCUUAGUGGGGUUUAACGUUCGUUCUGCUUGCUGGAGUUAGGUGAGGGGCGGAGGCUCUCCUGUGCCCCGCCCCCUAUUACCAAAUGCUAAAUAUCAGGUGGGUCAGAAUCUGUUGAUGAGAUGGAAGUCUAGAAAUAAUGAC